UACUUAAAACCAUUAAAUACUCUUUACUAUAUAUACACACUCUAUCAAUAUAUAUACACACAGUUUUGCUCUUUUAUUGAAUCAAGAAAACUAAAAACAAUCUCUAAUUCUCUACUGGUUUGACAAAGAUGAGAGAAAGUAAUCCUGGAAAGUUUCUGUUGUUCCUUCUUUUUUUAAAUGUGGUCUCAACUAUAGUGAUUGCUUCUGCUCCACCAACUUGUCCUGCUGAUCUUGGUAGUGAUUGUGGCGGUGAUUCAGGUGAAUGGGAAGGGGAGUUCUUCCCUGGAAUUCCAAAAAUUAAGUAUGAGGGUCCAUCUAGUAAGAAUCCACUUUCCUUUAAAUGGUACAAUGCUGAGGAGGAGAUUCUUGGAAAAAAGAUGAAGGAUUGGAUGAGAUUUAGCGUAGCAUUUUGGCAUACGUUCCGUGGCACAGGAGCUGAUCCAUUUGGUGCUCCUACAAAGUCGUGGCCGUGGGAAGAUGGUACCAAUUCCCUGGCAAUGGCCAAGAGAAGAUUGAGAGCAAACUUUGAGUUCCUCGAGAAACUUGGAGUGGAAAGAUGGUGCUUCCAUGAUAGGGACAUCGCUCCGGAGGGAAAGACCAUUCAGGAAACAAAUGCAAACUUGGAUGAAGUGGUGGCUCUUGCCAAAGAGCUUCAGGGAGAUAAAAUUCAUCUUUUGUGGGGUACCGCUCAAUUGUUCCUCCAUCCUCGUUACAUGCAUGGUGCUGCUACUAGCCCUGAAUUAGGUGUAUAUGCAUAUGCCGCUGCUCAGGUCAAGAAAGCCAUUGAGGUUACCCAUUAUCUUGGGGGAGAAAAUUAUGUCUUUUGGGGUGGUCGAGAAGGUUACCAGAGCCUCCUAAACACAGAUAUGGAAAGAGAACUUGACCAUAUGGCGAGGUUCAUGGAAGCUGCCGUUGCUUACAAAAAGAAGAUUGGCUUCAAUGGAACAUUACUUAUUGAACCAAAGCCCCAAGAGCCAACAAAACACCAGUAUGACUGGGAUGCUGCAACAUCUGCUAAUUUCUUACGCAAAUAUGGGCUUAUCGGAGAGUUCAAAUUAAACAUUGAGUGUAACCAUGCCACUUUGGCUGGUCACAGCUGUCAUCAUGACCUUGAAACAGCAAGAAUUAACGGUUUGCUGGGCAACAUUGACGCAAAUAGUGGCGAUCCCCAGACCGGUUGGGACACAGAUCAAUUUUUGAUGGAUGUCGCGGAAGCAACAUUGGUGAUGCAAACCGUUAUUAAAAAUGGAGGAUUGGCACCAGGAGGAUUCAACUUCGAUGCAAAAUUACGGAGGGAGAGUACUGAUGUUGAAGACCUGUUUAUUGCUCACAUUGCUGGUAUGGACACUCUGGCCCGUGGCCUAAGAAAUGCUGCCAAACUAAUUGAGGAUGGCUCGUUGAGCGAGCUUGUCAGAAAGCGAUAUCAGAGUUUUGACACAGAGCUUGGUGCUGCAAUUGAGGCUGGGAAGGCUGACUUUGAAAUGCUUGAGAAGAAGGCGAUUGAAUGGGGAGAACCUAAAGUUCCUUCUGGAAAGCAGGAACUUGCUGAGAUGAUUCUUCAAUCAGCAUUGUAAGGAACCAGAGUAGUUAAUAAAUAUGAGUAGAAUGGAAAAUUAGAAAAAAUAAAUAGGCCAAGGGUAACACUUUGGAUAGUACUAGCAUGAACUUACUUUUUUUUCGCAGUGUGUAAUUACUCACUGUUGUUUUCCAGAAUUUUUUUCAUAGUACUGAUUAUGCAGAAAGUUAAAUAUUACACUUUUUAA